AGCCCUUUGUGAUUCCAAAUGACGUCACUGAUCGGGUUUUAUGACGUCACGACGGUGGUUCCUCCCCCUAAAACGAAAGGAACUGACCUUACUGGUUCGUCACGAGCGCUCGUGACUCCAUCACUGAUUAGGUGCCACUUGUGGGUGACGUCGAUUUGUUCCACGUUUUUUUUUCUGGCGAUUAGCGGCGAUCAGCUGCUAGAGCAUGGUGAUCGAUAUUGGAUCAAUUUGCACCGAUCGUCAUCGAUCGUCGGUGUGUUUCUGGCAUUUUUUCGAGAGAGCUUAGAGCACAUGGAGCAGCGCGUGAUGUUGCGUUGGCCCGGGCCUUACGCGUAAGUUGUGUUGCAACGCUGCACGCUGGCAGAGAGAGAGAGAGAGGUUGGGCUCCUCCUAACGGUCGGUCGGUUUAUCAGUGGCCCUCCCAUUAUCUUACAACCGUGUGUUUGACGCCUAUUUGCUGUGUUGGUUUGAUUGAGUUGAGCUUAGGCAUUAGCGGGCGCUGCUGCUAAUCGGGGCCACACUUUACCCCAGCGGUAAAGCGUCUGUUUGGUUUAGGACUAUGAUCCUUCACGCGGAGGCGAGAUCGCACUGCGGGAGAUCUCCAUGUGCUCGGUGCUCCAGUUACGAACGAAUGAGCUCACCGCACGGUGUAGGCGCAGGAUGGAUUUACGAUGACGGUGGCACUUCAUGACAGGCACGGACUCACGGAUGCUCCAGUGCCUAUCCAAACAAUCGUGCUAACAAAUUAGUAGACAAACGGACAGGCAGCGGCCGCGGGGAAUGGUCCAGUCUUCAUGGUGGAGCCUUUAUCUUUUGGGGUCCCCUUUGCUUUGUGAACCGAGCAACCGGCGACCGAGGACCGAGGACCAAGGACAAGGGUUACUGUACACAGAGAGAGAGAGAGAGAGUGUUUGCGUAAGAGGUUUGGUUGGUGUUCCUACUAGUACGCAGUAUGGCUACCGGGUGUCGGUAUAUCAGUAUUUUAGGGGAAAAUUGCUUUCUUUCCUCGACACCAUCGUUGUUAUUUCCUUGGAUUCUUUUCAUGGGAGCAGGUUGUUUUCGCAGAAAUUAAAAAAAACAGCACGAACGCGAAGAAACAGGGCUGGCAAGCAAGAUCUCUCGAGUCACAUAGUGGGACACAAAGAAGAGGAGGAGAAGGAGGAGAAGGAGGAAAUCGAAACAACGAGCACAAAACACGCAGGUGCAAUACUAGAGCAGUAAGUGUAAAGUGUCUAGCAAUAGAUUAAGGAUAAUUUAAUGGAUAGUUUUCCGUUUUCCCGGUUCACCAUUUCGCGAUUAUUAGAUGAGCACAAAGUUGCGACGAUUUUGUGGUUUCUUAAGAUUCUGUUCUGUUUUGUUGUUUUUAUGUUCUUGUUAAAAAAAAAACACAUACAAAACUGCGCGCCUGGCGUUGGCAGUAAGCGUUGAGCGUUGCUGUUGCUUAAUUUAAGUGUUUAGCUCUACCAACUUAGUGAUACCCUCGGGUGGGGAAAACGGAGAUACAUUUUAAAAAGGGCGAGAAGGCGUGGUAGGGGCGUAGUAAUAGACGGCGGACGUAUCGUCGAGCGUAGUAGUCAGUAGUGAAUGCGUUUAGUACGCACUGCACCGGCCUCCGGGCGCAGAGCAGCUGUUAUUGGGCUUGCGAAGCUGUUCAAAUUGAACUGCAAUCAGUUUCAGUUACUAUACAUAGUGAUGCGUUAGCGAAGAGUCAUGUUGUCCCGGGAGUGUUUUGAGCAUAGGAGCAUAGUUACAAGCAGCAAGAACAACCGGGCAACAAAAAUGCAAUAAUAGUGUUACCAGUUUGAUCGGCGGAUCGUGGUUAUUAGUUAAGCGACACUUGUUGAGCAACCGUGGGACCGUGGUGCGGCGGCAGGAGAUGAAGACAAUGGCGAAAUCUUAAAGUAUUGACUGUACAAAUCACCUACCGACGGGAUGGUGGACUGGCGCUUGCGUGCUCACCGCUCAGCUCAUCUACUCCACCGUCUCGACCCCCUCCCCCCCCUAAAAAAGACUAUUUGUUGGAAGCUAUCAGGCCCCCGGCCGAUGUGUGCCGGUGGACGGUGAUCAACUAGAUUGAAGCGGGAAAUGAAUGGAUGGAGGAAAGGCCCGGAUAGUAGGAUAGUGCGCCUUAGCAGCAGUGGUAUAGAACAAGAAUGCAGAAUGAUAUCGGGAGUGCAAUGAGGGCUGCUCAAUGAGGGUGAGUUUACUGAAAUCCAUCUUAAUAACAAAGAAGAACAGAAAGAAAAAACAAGAUAACGAAAUCUAAUACAAUAAUUAAAUUAUAAUUAAUUAAAUAAAGGCAAAUACAAGUGUUACUAAAUUAUUGCUAUUACAAUAAUAUUACUUAAACAAACGGGAGGAGCAGCAGGAGCGUGGAGAGUAAAAAAAAAAUCAUGAAACAAAUCAAUGAACCAUUGUAUUAUCGAAAAUCAAACCAGUUGUAAACACAAACGUUCGGCUACAGUUUACAAAACCCACAUAAAAAUAACAAGAAACAGGACAAGUAUAAGACGAAAGAAAAGACAGAAAAUACAUAUAUAAAUAUAAAGAUAUAUAUAUAUAUAUACUAUUGACACAGGUUGUCAAGCGUUGUGAGAGACCUAGAAGCAUAAUAAGCGGAGAACAAGAAAGAAAGAGAGUCGGAUGAAGCCUACGAUAUAUAUUAUAUAUAUAUACAUAUACAACUACAUAUACAAAUAUUUCAUCACUUUUGCUGUAUAUUCAUCGAUGUAGUUCUAUUCGUUCAUUUUGUUGUGAAUCGUAACAAACAGACUAAAAAAUCAUCCAAUAAAAAAAUGGAAAACAUAGAAAAAACAAAAACGGAACGAAACGGGAAGCGUAACGUGAACAUAGCAUUGAACAGGACCGUUCUACUAAAUCAGUGAAUCAACACAACAAACACAAAAACGAAGAACCAUUGAAACAGUGACUGGAUAACUAUUUGAAAACGUAAAUAGCUCAUCGCCGAAACACUAAAAUAGCAGACCAGAGGAAAUCGUAUCGGACGGACUGCCUAGAGUGCAGAAAUAAGCAAUGUGGUGCACCGGUGGUGUGCAAGCGUGCGGCUCCCAGAUUUACUAAAGAUCCACUGAAGUUAAUAGUAAACCGUAUUUACUGAAAUUAAAAACAAAACAAAACAAACAUAAUAAUAAUAAUGAAGUAAAACUGUUUCAAUUUACUCCUAAACGUACACUAAUGAAAUACGCAGAUAUUGUUAAAUUUAUGAGUAAAAAACGUAAGGCAAUUGUGACAGGCGAACGAAUUAAACAGAAACCGAGAAGUAGCGAGACAGGGCCGGUCCGAACAGUGCGCGUAAGGGCGAAGGUGAGCAAAGACAAAGCAAACUAUCUGAUUUUAAGCCUGUUGACUUAUUUAGCUGGGGUACGCUAGAGGGUACCAUCUGCCAUCGCCAACGAAACGCGGAAUCGCGGAAAGGAAAGUUCGAAAAACUCUGUCCCGAAGCGAACUCGCGUAGAAGCACUCGUGGGGUGCGAAGUGGGAAAAGUAUGGAAUCAAAAAAGAAAAACACAAAACAACCAAGAAUCAUUAAUAACACAAACAAAACAAAGAGAAGAAAACAUGCGACAAAUUUGCGCAAACCAUAA